GAGUAAUUUUAAAAAAUUAAUUUUUCCGGGAAAACUCCUUUUUGGGGCGCCAAAAGUUGACGGGUAGCUCAGGGGGGCCCAAAGUACGUUCAGUAAAAAUUUGGUGGCGCAACUCGCCGGAUUUUUUUGGGGAAUUUGCACGACUUUUCUGGCGCGGAUUUUGAGAGUUUUGAACAGGGGACGCCAAUCGACGCGGCGUCGCUUCCUGGUCACAAAAAACGCACUUUCGCUGGGAAAUUCGGCGGAAAACGCGAGAAAACUGCGAAAAACUGAAUGUGGGAGGGAGACAGUAUCAGUGACGUGCACUGUCUCGUUUUCUCUUAUACAAAAUGUACCAAAAAAUAGUAGUGGUGGCUUUUGGAACUAAAUUUUUACCGCGCCAAUUUCAAAAAGUAGUCAAAAAAGCAUGAAUUUUAUAUGGGGGCGCUACGAAGGGGGGCUCUGGGGGGGAAAUGAAUGUCGUUGGUAAAAUCCGCCUGGUAUCAGGAGUCUCUGUACCAAGUUUCAUCGCGACAGACACGAAUUUUUUUAAUUAUUAUAUAGAUCAGUAAGGGAUGGUGGUCCAGUCGGGUUGUUUUGAUUACUUUUUUGGUCAGAAAUUAAAAUCCACGAAUAGGUGCAAUUUAUAUUCCGCAAAAUGCUAUCAAUAAGCUGAGUAUCUUCUGAUAAGCAAUGAUCCAAUGAGAUAAAAUAGUUGUACGUCUGUGUUAUGUGCAGAAUGUUAAUGUGAAAAGGUUUUAUUGGUGUUGUUGCAUGACUUGAGGAAAAAACGUCCGGAUUUUAACUCCCUGAAGUUUGAGUUCUAGUUUCCCCCGAGAAUAUUUAGUGCAUCCACACCUCCGUUCAGUUUAUGGGUUGUCGAAUAUCUAGUCAUGAGAGUGAUUCUUCACCGCCGGACACAAUGUUUCGUGCUGCCAAUCAAACUGACCAAAUUAACUACAAAGCGCGAAUUGAGAAGAAACUGUGUUUGGCUCGAGAAACCCCGGAAUCCGUCUUUGACAUCACUCAGUGCAAUCUAAAGGAGAUUCCUCCGGGUGUAUUUGUCCUGUGCAAAGUUCUCCGGAAGGAGCAACUUCUGCUGAGUGAGAAUAAGCUCACGUCACUUGUCUGCAGUGGUGGCUCCCUUGGGGAUCUCUCUUUGCUCACAACCCUCGAUUUAAGGUCCAAUAGAUUCAGGAAACUGCCCGAUGAAAUCUACAAGUUGGAAAAUCUCAGGGAACUUGUAGUGUCACAGAACCAAUUGACCACUCUACCUCCCAUCCUCAAUCGUCUGAGGAAGCUCGAACUUCUGGACGUGUCGGAGAAUUGCCUUCAAUCAAUUGAACAAGUGUCUUGUAUGCUCCAGCUCAGGAUUCUCAAUGUGAGUGGUAAUCCCCAGCUCAAAAUAAUAUCUCCGCAACUUGCAACGUGCGAAAGUCUCGUAGAUUUGAUUCUCGAUGACAAAGUUGUGGAGAAUCCACCCCAAGAGGUGACUAUUCGAGGAACUUUAGCCAUUCUACAGUUCCUCGCCACGGGAUUACCACCCGAAGGAGACUUUACUGCCCCUGAUGGUCCAGUGGAGGAAGCAAUUGCUGCUACGGAGGAAUUCUUAGCUGCUGAACGUGGGGCAGGAUGGAGGGGAAAUGAAAUGGAAGAGAAGCAGCGUGUUGAGAGAUUUAUGCAGCUCGAAAGGGAAGCUCUUGAGCGGAAUCAGGAAAUUGAAGCUAAAUUGCACAUGGAGCAGCAAAGGAAGCGUGAAGAACUCCUCAAGGAACUCUUGAAGGAGCAAACAGAAUCCGAUCAGAAGGUAGCACAGCUACAGCAGGAGAAGGAAGUUGAUCGAAAUCGUCUAAUUACGGAUAUUUUACGCGAAGAAGAACGAUGGAGUGGUGUUCUGGAUAAACUCAUCUCGCUGCGUAGUGCUCCAGAUCCCAUUCUACUCGAGCAGGAACGCAUUGAACAGGAAAGGCUGCUUGAACAGCUCAAAAUACACCAGAGUGACCUGAGGAAGCAGGAGAUUUUGGCUGCAAUGACAGACUUACUGGCAAAUGAAGUUAACCGUGUUACCAGCUACCAGGAGAAGCGGGAUGAAGCAUCGCGCGAUGUAUUGGCCAAAGAGUGCGAAACGAACGACACGCUCGAGCAAAUAUUCCGAAAUCACAGCAAUGACAGGCGGGAAAUUGUGACGGAAAUCAAUCGCGAUGAGGAACUCCAGAAGGCUGCCGUGGCUACGCUCAUCUCGAAGAAUGACGCACGUAGUUGGGGACUUGUGGAACAAAUGCGCAUUGUUGAAGGACAACUUGCGGCAAUGAGUAAUUUUGAGAUGGAAAAGAAGAAGAUGGCCACAGAGGAGCAGAUUCAGGAUCUUGCUGAGAAACGUCUCAACCUCACACUAAUUCUCGUGGAUUUGCUGGGGCAGCAGGAACAACGAAGGCAGCAACUUCUGGAUACGCUAGCCUACAUGGAGAAUACACGGAAUGAUCGUCAAGACUUCUGGUUACUUCACUACCAACGUCUCCUUGAUGCUCAACCUGAGGAGUUGGAAUUCCAAUCCGUCGAUCCCCUUCUUGGGUACAAUUUCCUCGUAAAUGGGGUUGUUCAUUGCCUACCGUUCCUGUCGCGGCUGUGGCAGAGUAAGGGUAAAGCCAUUGAGGAUAUUACUGAGGAGGACCUCAUUGAAGCUGGUGUGAAGAAGGAGAAAGAUCGUGCGGGUAUUAUUAAAUCCAUUCGCGAUUUUAUUGCAUCUUCACGUCCUGAAAGUAACGCUGGCUUUGGAAAAUCCUCCGCACCACAAGAGAGUCCAGAAGAGAGUCCUGAAAAGGCUGCCGAGGCAACCGCCAGUGCUGCUGCAUCUGAAUUUCAGGAAACUGCUGCUGAGUGCGUCAUUUGCAUGGAUGAAAAGGUAGGAAAUUCAAUACAGUGGUGGCCAAGAAAAUGGAGCAUAAUUCUUUUCUCAAUUUAUAGGUUGGAAUUAUUUUCAUCCCAUGUGGCCAUCUCUGCGUAUGCUUGGAGUGCCAUCAGAGUGUGGCUACCUGCCCAAUGUGCCGAGCCGCAAUUGAUCAAAGAAUUCGCGUGAUUCAACCUUGAGAGGUUCUCCUCCUAAAGUAAGUAAAUUCAAUUACAAAACCAACACUCGUCUCAAAAUUUUUCUUUUCUUCGAAAAGUGCGCUUCAGAAUUUUACAAAGUUCAUUAAACCGCUCUGAAAAAUCACAAAAAUUCCCCAAUUAUAAAUAUUCAACAGAUUUUAAACCACAAACAUAAUAAACUUUUUACCACUUGAAACUUGAACGAAAACAUUCAAUAUAAACACUCGUUAUUCAAUUUCAAUAAACUUCUUUUUAAGAACUUUUACAAAGCCGCAUAAAUUUUCCUCGAAGCAUUCACAAUAAAAUCAAAUUUUUCAACAAAUUUUUAAGACAAAAAGAAGAAUUCAAUGGAGGGCCUUACAUAAAUAAAUUGAUGGUUUUGCAAAAUGUCGUGGCAAUUUUUUCACUUUUUACUUCUUAAAUAUAAAUAUAUAGCAAAUGAACACAUUUCCAAAGGUAUUUGUGAAGGAAUUUAUAUAUAUACAAAAAUCGUUGAAUAAAUGAUAUUAUUUCAAUUAUAAAUUCACGGAUGUUUUAUGCACGAGAUUUUAUCCAUUGUUUUUAUGUAUCCAUUAUAAAUAAUAUACUCUCAUUCUUGUGCCAUCCGAAUGAAAAAAAAAAUAAAAGAUGUUUGAGAAUAAAUACUGUGAGUCAAAUAAA